GGGAGUUACAGAGUUAUUACGAAACAAAAUACCGAGCAGAGACCUUGCACUUUGUCUUGGUUUUCUCGGUUCUUGUUGUUUGAGAGAAUAAAACAAGAAGCGUUAAUGGCAGAGCAACUCACAGAAGAGCAGAUCUCGGAGUUCAAGGAAGCUUUUAGCCUCUUCGAUAAGGAUGGAGAUGGUUGCAUCACCACCAAAGAGUUGGGUACUGUGAUGAGAUCAUUGGGGCAAAAUCCAACUGAGGCUGAACUCCAGGAUAUGAUCAAUGAGGUUGAUGCUGAUCAAAACGGAACAAUUGAUUUCCCUGAGUUCUUGAAUUUGAUGGCACGGAAAAUGAAGGACACUGAUUCUGAGGAAGAAUUGAAGGAAGCCUUCAAGGUGUUUGACAAAGACCAAAAUGGUUACAUUUCAGCUGCAGAGCUGCGGCAUGUAAUGACAAAUCUGGGAGAGAAAUUGACAGAUGAGGAAGUGGAUGAGAUGAUCCGAGAGGCAGAUGUGGACGGUGAUGGCCAGGUCGAUUACCAGGAGUUUGUGAGGAUGAUGCUAGCCAAGUGAAGGCAGUUGGUGUUGAUGAUUUGAGUACGGGAAACAAACUGAACCUAUAAUGUAGAUGCCAGCAGUAGCAAAACAAACCAUUUACUUUUAGCUCGCGCUUUGUGUGGACCUGUUCUCUGUAGACCUAAUUUGAUCAUUUGUUUCUGUUUCUUUUAAAUAGUGAUGACUGUGUUACAUGCUCAUAUAGAGCUUUGAAUUUUUCCUUUCUGUGAUGGCAAUAGAUGGGUUUGGUAAGGCCUGAUCAGUUUUAGGU